UGUGUGUGUGUGUGUGUGUGUAUGCACAAGCUAGGGAGUUUGGCACUUAUGAGCAAAGGAGAGCCCUGUCCUGAUUGGGUGACAGAGGUCCUCCCUUCCCCCUUUUAAAAGCCGCCUUUCUCACCUGAGUUGCAAAAUAGCUGCAGCUCCUCAACCUUUCACGUCUCCGCUAUUAAAAGCAAAAAGGAGAGGUUUAUUUUUCACGGAUCUUCUCAGGUAUAUUUGAGGAAGACAGCUGCUGUCCACGCUCUUGCUGAAAGAAUUUUCAACUGGUUGGCUGAUGCAAGACUUUGUUUGGGCAGAGGAGGAGAAAUAGGAUCAGAAUCCCUUCUUUCUGGUAAAACAAAAGAUUGCACAAGCAUUUAAAGGAGCACACUGCCGCUGAGCAACAAAGUGAGCAUCUGAGGACAACUUCCUUCUCUUGUCCUGCUGUGCUGCGAGCUACUAUGCCGAGUGUUGUGGAUCGGAUGGAGCUGAGGAAAGUGUCGACGGAGGCCGACGACGAUAGCACCGACAGUUUGGAUGACCGUUACACGGAGCCCAUCGAUUCGGAAAAGGCCACCAUCAACAGUCAGUUCAUGGACGAUGAGGAUGGCGAGAGCCAGAAAUUCCUGGCAAAUGGCAUCAUGAAGAAGAAGAAAUAUGAAGAGUACCAUGAAGAAUAUCAUCCAGGCCAUACUUCCUUUGGAAUGUCGGUCUUUAACUUGAGCAAUGCCAUAAUGGGCAGCGGGAUCCUGGGCCUGUCCUUCGCCAUGGCCAACACCGGCAUUAUACUGUUCACACUCCUCCUUAUCGGUGUUGCCAUCCUCUCCUUGUAUUCUGUACAUCUGCUUCUUAUGACAGCUAAAGAAGGAGGGUCACUAAUAUAUGAAAAACUGGGAGAGAGGGCAUUUGGUUGGCCUGGGAAAAUAGCAGCAUUUGGAUCCAUAAUAAUGCAAAAUAUUGGCGCCAUGUCUAGCUACCUCUUCAUUGUGAAAUACGAGCUGCCAGAAGUGAUCCGGGCGUUCUUGGGUUUAGAAGAAAAUACUGGUGAAUGGUACCUCAAUGGAAACUACUUGGUGAUAUUUGUGUCCAUUGGCAUUAUUUUCCCUUUGUCUCUACUUAAAAAUCUGGGUUAUUUGGGCUACACAAGCGGAUUUUCUCUUUCCUGCAUGGUGUUCUUCCUGGGAGUUGUGAUCUAUAAGAAAACCCAGCUACCGUGCCCUCUUCCAUUCCUUGACCAACCGUCGACCAACAUAAGCAUGAAUGCCUCGCACAUGCCGGGCCUGUACGCGUUACACAACCGCUCGGCGCAGAUGGACUUCUCGCGAGCGGACCUUUCCCCGUCCGUCACAGACAGCCACGACAUUCACGCCUCGACCAGCGUCCACUUUGAGCCCGACAACGAGGACAUGUGCACGCCCAAAUACUUUGUCUUCAACUCACAGACGGCGUACACAGUGCCCAUCCUGGCCUUUGCCUUUGUGUGCCACCCCGAGGUGCUGCCGAUCUACAGUGAGCUAAAAGAUCGCAGCCGGAAAAAGAUGCAGAACGUCUCCAACCUGUCCAUCCUGGCUAUGCUCAUCAUGUACAUGAUGUCGGCACUAUUUGGCUACCUCACCUUUUAUGAAAACGUGGAGGCGGAGCUGCUUCACACCUUCACCAAAGUUUAUAAGUUUGACACGCUGCUGCUGCUUGUGCGUUUGGCUGUCCUUACCGCCGUCACGCUGACUGUUCCCAUCGUACUCUUUCCUAUCCGCUCUUCCAUCAGCACCUUGCUGUUCAGCGGCCGAGGGUUCAGCUGGCCUCGCCACGCCAUCAUCGCAGCCACCAUCUUGGCCUUCAACAACAUGCUGGUCAUCUUCGUGCCCACCAUCCGGGACAUCUUCGGCUUCAUCGGUUCCUCGGCAGCCACCAUGCUCAUCUUCAUCCUCCCUGCGGCCUUUUACCUCCGCUUGGUGAAGACGGUACCACUACGCUCCCCGCAGAAGAUUGGAGCGGCCGUCUUCCUGGUCGUGGGAAUCGUCUUCAUGAUUGGCAGCUUGUCACUCAUCGUCCUCGACUGGAUCCACAAUCCGCCAGGCUCCAGUGGGGGGCACUAAGCACCCCCUCGGACCCCCUUCCCCUCUUGUAGCAACAUCUGAAAAGAGGCCUCAAUCCCUCCUUAAACAUUCAUGGCGGUAUACGAACAUAUCGAUAUGUUUUUCACUUUAUCCGUUGAAAUGUCACGGUCCCCGAACGAAUCCUCGUCAUUGUCAUUUCCAACAUUUUUGUCACCAGACGAGCGUGUGAAUGUGACAUUCGGGGACGGAGUCUGUGGCCCCUCCCGAGGAAAAACACGGAGCACUUCUUAGCAUCAUUUUGCGGCGUAGGACUAACACAUGGACACUCACAGCCAGUCGGUGUCAUUUGUUGCUCUUCAAUGUGAACAAUCAAGAAAGAGGCCUGCCAAAGUCUGCAUGCACAUACAACAACGCUGUUUUUAGAGACACACAAUCUUCCUCACCAGCCCACAAACUGUCCGAUCUUUGACUACAUGAUGCGUUGGAGGCGCUUCCAGUAUUACGGUCACGCAAGGAUCUGAACAGUAUACAGUAUGUACAUAAUUACCUGUCUACUGAAUAGUGUUGUACAUACUAUGGAAAAUCUGCUGCAGGCACUUGAUGAAUGUCUGUUUAACUAUGAAAAAUUAUUUUAUAGAUUAUUUCAAAUGUUUUCUAAAGAUGCAGUCAACACAUUUUGAUACCACGCAAAGGUCAAAGCAGUGUAAUGUGUUUGUAAGCUGUUACAUUGAAACGAUUUAGUCAUGUGGUUCAUUUAACUGAUGAUUGGCCUCAACUAUAAACGUACUGGUGCCUUUUGGGGAUUUUUUUGAUCAAUAAUAGUUAAACUUGUGCCUUUUACUACAUGAAUUGGCUUUGAUUGCCUUUAAUAAUGAUAAAAUUCUCCUCUUUUUGUCACGUACACAUCCAGCCAAAGUAGACGGUAUUUACAGAUCCUUUGUGGAUCUAAACACACAAAGCAAAUAGAUAUUUUCAAUGAAAUAGUGUUUAUGUGCAUGUUUUUAUUUGCAUUACACACACGGUCUGUUUGGACAAUUGUAUAUGCUCUGUAAAUAAUCUGUAUUUUAUUGUACACUGACUCAUUGUCUGCAAGUCUUGGGAGUAUUUUCUGCAAUCCAGUGUUUGUUUUAGUAUAUAUAAAUAUAAAUAUGUAUAACGUGUUACAUUUUUUUUCUUGCUGUAUGACAGUAGGGCCUUUUUUUCUUUUAUUGUAUAUUUGUAGAAAAUCCAUUUUCACAUUGUUAGCCUGUCACGUCAGGAUGAUUUUACUAGCUUUUCACAAAACAACACAUUUUUGUAGCUUGAUAUCUUUUGCUGGCCAACGCUGGGUUCAAGUUUAAGCUAAAGGUGAGCAACACAGAAGGGGAGCGACCGAAAAAAAUGUGCCAGAACCUUGCAUUGUUUGUGUGUUCCGAAGCUCUGCCUGGACAAUCAAAAUGCUCUGAUCUGAGUUUGCAACAACUGCUGCCAUAGAAAUGCUUGGGAGGCGUUACUUGAACCUUGGAAAGUCUGAGCAUCAUGACUGAAGAGCCCCGAAUGAUGGGUACAAUCUCCAAAUUCACAUUUUGAAUGUUUCUUACUUUGAAAUCUAAUUUUGCUUUUCUGGUUUUCACCUGGUUGGGUUUUAAUUCUUGCAACCCACACUUCCGCCCUCGAAAGUAUCUCAGGUAUCCUUGUAAAAGUUUCCAUCUUGCUUUCUCCUUACUCUUUUGCAUGAUUGAGCCAAGCUGCUGCUCACGGUGAAGCGGUCCUAGUCAGUGUUUUAUUAAAGAGAUGCAGAACCGCUCACGUCUUGGCUAUAUGGAGGAUCACCGACCCCAGUGCUGCCCACAGUGCCUCUACACCCUGUGGAAUUAAGACUGAACUUUCACAUUUGUAAAAAAAAAAAAAAAAAAAAAUGUACCCAGACAAAGGGCAUGUUUUUGUAUUGGCGGUGCUGUUUCAUUAUGAUGAAGAAUAAAAAUGUGAAAAAGUCA